AUGACAGUGGGCGUGACAGGUGUAGCUAUGACAGUGGGCGUGACAGAUGUAGCUAUGACAGAGGGCGUGACAGGUGUAGAUAUGACAGAGGGCGUGACAGGUGUAGCUAUGACAGAGGGCGUGACAGGCGUAGCUAUGACAGUGGGCGUGACAGAUCUUGAAUUUUCUGAUAUAUUGCAAGCUAGAGUCGGAGUAAAGGUGGGACACGGGAGGCUUGAACAGGAGGUGGAGGAGGAGCUUGAGCAGGAACAGGAGGUGGAGGAGGAGCUUGAGCAGGAACAGGAGGUGGAGGAGGAGCUUGAGCAGGAACAGGAGGUGGAGGAGGAGCUUGAGCAGGAACAGGAGGUGGAGGAGGAGCUUGAGCAGGAACAGGAGGGUGACAACUCACAUCAGUCAGCACUGGAACAAGCAGGAGGUGACACCAACACUAACUGUUUACUUGAGCGACUGAUCACAUGGUGUCCACGUGCGCGGCGUGACGUCACAUGUUUACAAAAUCUACGCUCAGCUGAUACAAGAUGCCAGCGGAGACCCCACAAGCGGCCCAGACCCUUCCUCCAGCUCCAGAUAGACCGGACGAGAGACAGCCUGAGGCGGCAGGUGGACUGCAAUGUGGAGUGCGAGGACAGGUCCCGAGACCCCGUCUGUGGCACCAAUGGUCAGACCUACGAUAACAUCUGCGACCUUGACAAAGAUAUCUGCAAGAAAGUCAAGGUUGCUCUCAAACACGAGGGAGAGUGCUCCUUAGCGGAGAAGUGCCUGGACGAGCGGGCGGCGAAGCUGGAGCAACUAGCCAACGGAGAGAAAGUAUAUGUGCCCAACUGCGAGCCCGACGGCUCCUACUCCCUCGUCCAGUGCCACAACUUCACCCUCUACUGCUGGUGUGCCAGACUCGACGGCAAAUUCAUCCCCGACACCAUACAGCAGAAGUACCCCCCACAGUGUAGAGCAGACCAGACACCACCCCCCGAGCCGGAGCCGCCUCAACCAGGCAAGUGGAACACCGUAGGCCGACCGCGGGUACCGGCCGUCCACACACUCAUGUCCCUGUCGACAGCCACACCCGCGGCACGCCCACGCCCACGCCCGCCCCAGGCUCGCCCCAAGAAGUGCAGCGGCCGGACCAGGAGGACCUUCAUCUUAAACAUGAGUCAAAACUUACUGAAGGAGUUUAAGAGAGAGAGAAACGUCAGAGGAGCCGUGUCCGAGGAGAGGCUGCUGAGGAAGGCCGUCAAGUGGAAGUUCAGCGGCCUGGACACCAACGGCGACAAGCAACUCAAGCGGCGGGAAUAUCGAAACAUCAAGAAGACUGUGAAGAAGUUCAUCAAACCCAAGAAGUGCGCCGGCAAGUUCCCUCGUCUGUGUGACUCUGACGACGACAACGCCAUCUCCCUCAAUGAGUGGAUCGCCUGUUUCUCCCCGGAGACGAGAACCAGGCCCAGCGGUGGUGGUGGAAGGUGUAGGGGCGCCCGCUGCUCCAAACCCCCCAUUAAGCAAAGGGCCAAGCCGUCGUGCGAGCGGGAGCGCCAAGCCAUCCUGGAGACGGAGAGUGCCGGCAACAACAGCAUUCACAUCUUUGAAUGUCAGUCAAAUGGCAAGUACAAGCCAGUCCAGUGCUACAAAGAUGUGUGUUUGUGUGUGGAUGAAUGGACAGGGAACAGCUUUGAUGGCACAGUGGUUAAGAAUGGCACUCCAGAUUGCUCUCAGCCCCUGCCACAUGCUCGUGAAUGGCCAGGCUGCACAGGAGAAACAAAGACCAAAUUUAUCCAGGACUUAAAGAAGUUCCUCUUGAGCAAAGUGGAAGGUGGAAACAGAAGUGCUGGAGCAGAUUCAUCGACCCAGUCAGUGGAGGAGUUUGCUGCUACUUACCACUUCAGAAACUUGGACAAAAAUAAUAAUCAGUAUUUGGAAAAGAAGGAAAAGAGAUUAGCAAAAAAUUUUUUGAAAAGCAAUCCAAAGUUAAAGAAGUGUGGACGAAAAAUUACCAAUUAUUGUGACGUGGACAAGGAUAGCAAAGUGUCGCUUGAAGAGUGGAUUGCUUGUGUUGUGGUGGUGCAGAACGAAACUGGUGACAGCCGUAGUGGUGUUGGUGACGUUGACAUAAGAAGAAAGGAAGAGAAUCCGAUUCAUAUAUAUCUUACAUCGGAAGACGAGGUUGUUGGUUUGAAAAAUAGAAAUUGGUAGAAUGCUACUUGCUCAUUGGCUUGCAGAGGUAAAGUACCACGCACUCCACAGCCAGGAAGCAUUAAUCCUUUUGAAGAAAUUCUCAAGCCAGAAGCCUAAGUCCUAAAUAAGGUCUUUUAAACCAUGUGAUGAAUGACAAGAAAGGAGAAGUUUAAAAUGGUUUCAAUGCUUCUCAUGAGGAUCUGAUAAAUUCCUUAGGAACAAAAUUCAUUAAUGUAUACUGAUUCCACAAAUUUAUUAAUAGCAUGAAUAUUUUUAAAUGUUUUUAUUAUUACAUAUUUACAGUAUAGCCAAUAAACAGGUGAUGACAGGGUGCUCUGGCGACUCAACACUGGUGCUCAAUUUUCCAGUGAAUGAGAAUUGCUUAAUGCAUUGUGAUUUUUUUAUUGGCUAUUAGUACUAUUUUCCAGAUAAUAUUCUUGCCUCAUAUUUGCAUGAUUUUAUCCGUCAUAUUUGUGAUUAAAUUAAGAAUGAAUACGAAUCAUUCAUGUUGUAAAUAGUUCAGUGAUAUACAACAAGACGCUUUUCAUGUAUCCUUAAAAGGAUAUUCAAAAUUUUACCAUUAUUAAUCUUUGCACAAGAAAUAUCUAUAGCAUAAAAUAUUACCAGCCAUCUUCAUUUUAGUUUUGUAUGCUCGUAUUAGACGUAGUGAUUGUGUUCACUAUUGUGUGCUCAGUAGCGAGCAGUGUGUAAGCCUGUAUGUUUCUCUAGUGUAGUUGUAAUCAGUUCUAAUUGUCCUAUAUGUUUUCUAGAAGGAAACUCUUAUUAGUGAGAUGGACUAGUAUCAAGGUUUCCGACUAGACUAGACAGAGAUAGGAAGUUUCCCUCAGAUGGACUAUAUUAAGUUUUUAUGGUUGGAUUUCUUAAGUGUAAGAAAACUAUAUUAUAAUAUUUAUUUGUAUUGUAAGCAAAUAAUUUCAGUGUUUUACUGAUAAUCUUUCAUUCAAGCAGGAUGUUAGUUCAAAGUUCAAAAUUAGCACUUCAUUGCCACAUAGUAAUGAUUCACUAAUAUCCCGUGGAUUUUACAAAUAUUAUAAGGUGUUAUCAGGGUAAAAGGAUGGUCAUUAAAAUUAUAUGCAAAUAUAAAUUUUAUUUAAAAUUUAAGCCUUAUUGCAUGCCAAUGUGCAAAUAAAUUUAUUAUUCCAAAACUAAACCCUAUUCCAUGUAAAUACGUACAUAUAAUUCAGGGAAGAUAUUUAUUAGAUAGUAAGUUUAAAUACAGUGUAAUGUAAACAGGGCUACAUAUGAAUGGGGUCUAAUAGUCUUAAUUAUUGGGACCAGAGUAAACUUAGGUGGUUUUAGAACUCUUAAUAUAAUCAGAUGGACACUGAAAGGCAGUAACAUUAAACAAUAUGUACUCAGUAAAUUACAUGGUAAUAACUGUUUUGAGAUUCACAGCAUUGUGGGCCAGUAAACAGGUUGCAGACAGUCCCUGUUAACUAAAAGGUGAGAUCAAGAGGGAAAGUCUCUCUCCUAGUAGUGCUGAGAGUCCAGUGUCCAACCUUUCCUCAGACCAAGUCUAUUCCAUCCAGCAGUUGACCCCAAAGAUGCAUUCAUUAAUUUUAACAUGCUGUUCAUUCAAAACAGGAAUUUUCUCAAAUAUAUUAUAAUAGCAAAUUAUGCAUGUUUAGGCAUUGGUUAGGCUAGGUGUUUAGGUUCUAUUGGCGAUUAUUUGUACUAUUUAAGUGAAGCAGUUACUGUGUUGUGGUUCAAACAAAAGUCGGCAAAGCACCUGUUCGAGAAGUGUUCGGAUGUCAUUAGUUGAGUUGUGUGUAAACCGUUUUUCAUCCAUAACGCGGUUUGGCAUGUGCAUGGAAUGGACUUUGGCCUUUGUUUAUGAGGAUGGGCUGUGAUGUUACCUGCCAAACUUUGGCUGCCUUAUGAGACCAUAGUCAGGAUCAACAGAGUCAUUAGUAGUGUGCUAAAUUCUAAUUAUAAAUAAAAAAAAAUAAAUUGGCUGCCUGCAGCCCCAUGCUGCAUGAUUGUUAGCUAAUUGCUAACCUUGCUGUGCCAAUAUGAUCUGAUCCUGACUUAGGGUAACCAAGGCCACACUGCUGCUCCUGGGAGAGAAGAUAUCUAGAGAGAUGUUAGAUAUUAAAAUACCCAGUACUGUACAAGUACUUCCAUUUUCUUUGGAAAUGAACUCAAGCAUUCAUGAAAGUAUAAAAGUUGAAUGUAACAAUAGUUUAUUGGGAAUGGUGAUACAGCUUAGAUAUUACAAAAGAUAAACUCUAAAUUCAUGUACAGUAAAGGCUUGUAAACUGUACCGGUAAUUCCAGUGCAACCGGCUGUAAAAUUUAUUGUCUAUUUAGAUGUAACUGUUUGGACUGGUACUUGGAAAGUGUUGCAUUUUAGACUGAUGUAUAUAUAUAUAUAUUGGCUACAAGAAUAGAUAUUAACCUGUGUGGUGUUAAUGUAUAUAAUUAAUCAUACAAAACGGAUAGAUGGACAGCCGAGUACAAGCCUUGGGCAAUUCAAUCAAUAAGAAACAGGGAUGGUAACAGCAUAUACUGUACAGUAUACACAGUGAUUAAAGCAAUGGAGAGAAUAGUUAGAGAUAAAGAGGAAAACUAAAAUGAAAUAUUGAUAAGACCUUGCUGAUAACUGAAAGUAUAAAACAUUGAGGGAAACAAAGUAUUAAAAAUACAAUGAGAGACUGUGGCCUUGGAAGUGCAAGUAUGGCUGAAUGAAUUAUUGAAAACUACAGUAUUUAAGUAAAGUAAUCCAUUAAAAUCUUCCCAUUGAUAGCAUUAUGUUUAUUAUUGGAUGAGUGCCAUAGGAAAUAAUAUUUCAGCAUGUUAGGCUGAUAACUGAAUAGUACAAGAAAAGGGAAGUGUAGUGGCAAGAACAUGUUUUUAUGUUUAUGUGAUUUAUUAUAAUGUUAAGAGUAGACGACAUUUUAAAAUACCAUAAUAGACCAUAUAGA